AAUUCAGUUUGAUCACAGACGCGACUGGGAGCGGAUCGUUCGCUGUCCGUUCGAAAAUCGAACACGUGCGCGUUGGAAAUUUCAAAAAUCUUGACAGAUCGUCGAAAUUAAAAAGUAGUGUUAACUUUUUAAAUUCAGUGCAGCACAAGAAGUGGUUUGUGUAAUUCCAAAAAAAGUUUUUAAUGCGACAGUGUGACGUUGUUAGUUGCCAGAAUAUUAAGAUGAAAAUAACCUUAGCAUAUUUUGGUCGGGGACGCUAACUAAACUAUGCUGUUAGCACAGUAGGUGACGGUGUGUGGAUUAACUGAGAACGGAUAUUUUAUGUACGAAAAUUAAUAUUGGAUGAACAUCACUGGAUCUUUGUGCUUGUGAUCCUUGGCAUUCAGGUUAUACGGAAGCAGACAGCAGUUCAUCUCAGCUCAACCGUACUGGAAAAAAACAAUAUCGUUUGAGUGACACACCGCGCUGGCGAUCGGCAAGCGUGAUUACCGGAUUAAGUGCUCCAAAAGUGCCAUCUAGUGUCAGCGAGCGAAAACUAGUGUACAUCGAGUAUCACCUGUAUACAGAAGGACCUGAAUGACGCCACAGAGAGUACUGAUUUGGUGGCGUUGUAUUGGUGCUCACAAAUUUAACUGAGUCUACACGCUAAGAAGAAUUGGGUGAUAUUGAGAUCUAGUGUACAUAGUGUGAUGUGUCAGUGAAUCGGUUUGAUGGUACUCCUAGCGUCGAUGUGGGCACGAGUGGAGCCCCCCCGGCGGCUAGAUGACAGCGCCGGUACUUCUGUUAUUCACUCUGGCUAUUGUUUGUUCCAAAGCCGGCGACGUGGCCCUAACAGCUGAUUAUGAACAUAACACUAACCUAAACAGUAACCCAAGGACCAAUAUUAUAAGAAGCAGUGUCAAUUUCACCACAAACAUGGUGGCGAUAGAUUAUAACGCUAAUUUAAGAGUAUUUAACAAAAAGGUGUUGAAAGGAGACGCACAUAUGCGCGUGAAAAGAGAUGGAACCGAGGACCGCUGUGCCGCCUUCAAAUUCAUUGACAAUGAUCAAGUAGAUAUUUGGCAUCCGCAUUCGAAGGAAAAUUCAAAUAAUUAUUAUAGAAAAAUUGAUUGCGUCACUGUCAUAAAUGGCACUGAGGGAACUAUAUUAGAACUAACUUUUGUAGACAUAUUUCGAAUUGAGGGCCAUCCUAAUUGUGACUACGAUUAUCUAGAAAUUCGCGACGGUCUCAGAGGCUACGCGCCUCUCCUUGGAGGCAAGAAGCUCUGUGGCCAGCAGUUCCCCAGGCCCAUCUUAACGACAGGGCCGUAUGCGUGGUUGAAGUUCCAUUCCGACGAUACUAUAGAAUAUGAAGGGUUUCAUAUUAAAAUCGCUGCUAAGCCGGUUGCUAAGAGUCAUGUGAUACCAGAGAGCUGCCACAUGACUCGUACGGGUACAGAUGGUAUUCUUGACAUAAAUGCGAUAGACGAAAAGUGUAAAGAAGAUAGCGCUAACCAGGCUUUAGAUGUUUUAUGGACUAUUGAAGCGGAGCCCAAUCGGAAGAUAUAUCUAAACUUUACGCAAUUCGACCUGGCCAAACCCAACGCCUGUGAAGAGAAUGUCGUCCAAGUAUUUGGCGCCGUCAUCGAGUUUGAUGCGAAGUUGGCCCACUACUGCGGCUCCAUCGCCAAUUCAGUCACGACCAAAUUUGACAGCACCAAAGUCCCAAGCGACGAAGGCAAUAUCAUGCACGUACGUCUGUAUGCAUCCAAAGUGGCUAGGGAAGAUACUGAUUUCAUAGCACAGUACACUGUGUUUAGGACUUUGGAUCCUAGUGAUGAGGAUGAUAAAUGCAUACCAGAUGAAGAAUUUGACUGUCAGGAUAGCACUUGCAUAGCAGCAGAAUUGAAAUGUAACAGAUAUGCAAACUGCAGAUUGAAGACUGAUGAAGAUGCAGAACUUUGUAAGGGUGAAGCGGAAUCCAUCAUCAGUCAGCCGCACAUAAUGGUGAUUCUGGUUAUAUUCUCCUUGAUACUCUCCGGGAUGACCUUUGUGUUCCUGUUCAAAUGCAUCAGGAAGCUAUACCAGGACCACAAGAUUAUCAAAGAGCACAUAAGGCAGUCGUGUGAAGAUGGCCUAGACAGCUUAGCUAAAAGACGUCUGACGUUAGAUGCAAUGAGUCUAGAAAGAGACAGCGAGCCUCGCGCAAGUUUAGAAAGAGAGAACCACACAAACGAAAUGGUAAAGCAACAGAGAAGUUUCUCGAAGCAUAAGCAUAGCAGCAUCGACUCAGACUUCCAGGAAACCCAUAUAGACCAGGACGAUGCCCCCUGGAGACGCGAAGUAGACGACGCUCCAGAAACGGAAAACGUUCGCGUAGAACGGAACGGUAGAACGAGACGGAGCGUUAUGAGUAAAAAGGAGGGGUCUAUGAGUAAAAGAGAUAGCGAAGAGAGAAGGGAGAAGAAGGAGAUUAGAGAUGUGUCUGUUGGCGCGCCUGACACAAAGGAAUCUGGUUGUCAGACUAGGGAGAGUCUGUUUCAAAGUGAUCCUGUGCCUAGUUCUGAUGGCUCAGGCAGCAACAGCCGAGGGUUCUCUACCUUCGGGUACUCCGGGGCCACCAUCGCCAGACCUUCGCCCCCGCAAACCACAGCCUCGGAGAUCACUAUUGAACUGCUCAGCAAAGUCACUCCCAAGAGUCCUGUCAAGACGCAAAAGAAAAUUCCUGAUCGCCGCCCGAUGAGCAACGAGACGACACGGUCAGCUCCUGACGUCAUCAUCGUGUCCAAACCGAUUCGCUGAGGGUGACCCCUGGGGCCCCCUCCAUGGGCCCCAACCCCUCCCGACUUCUGGGACCCGAUGGAACCCAGAACGUGUCCUGAAGGGUCCCACCAACCACACAUAUGCCAGUUGGACAAUUUCUCAAAAAGUGUAUCAUUUGAUGAUUGUGACGGAUAUUAUAGUAAAUAUUUCGAUGAAGUACCAAAAGUGUUUUAUGAUUAUUGCCUAAAAAGUGACUAUUACAAAGCCAAAACACUGCCAAGGAAUUUAGGAUCGUCUGUGGAGUUUAAAACUAAAGUUUAUCCGCAAAGGACAGUGUGCUUUUAUGGCGUUGAUAAUUUUGAUAAUACACAUUGUAAAAGACACAAAACUUAUGUAGUAAAGGCCGAUAUCGAAGCCCCGAGAUAACGAACGCUGAAUUACGAAAUUGAUUGUUAAAAAUUAUAUAGUGUUGUGAUAUGUUACCUAAGUGAUGCUAAAUUUUCUAUGUAGUUUCGUGUUAUGAAUAUAAUAAUCAAAUUACGAAACAAGUACUCUAUGUUUGUCAUUAAAUGCAUGUCACGCGCGAAGCAGAGCGCAUAAUCAAUAAUAAUAAAUGUUAUAUUUUUAAAUAUCUCUUUAGAGAAAAAUAAUAUUUUUGUUUUUUUGUAUGUAAUGAACUCAAAAACUACUGUGCUGAUUUUUUUUUUAAUUUGGCACAGAGAUAGACAAAUUUUCUGGACAUUUUUUUUAAUACGCUUUUACCCGAGCGAAGCGGGAUAGACCAUUAGUAAAAUAUAAAGUUGAACACAUUGCGUUCUAUGAUUGAUCAUUGUGCGUACGCAUGUAUAAAGACGUAGCUAUUUAUAUUAUAUUAUAUUCUGAUGACGAUAGUAAAAAAUAAAUUAAGAAUAUAUUUUUUGUAAUAAUACUUGAAUAAUAAAAAUAUACAUAAAUUUUGCUGAAGUAGUUAUUCAAUAUAAUACUGUAUAACAGUGGUUUACUGUUAUACAGUAUUAUAUUGAAUGUUUAUGUAAACUGCAUAGAAAAUUGGCACAAUACAAUUUUUUUUUUGUUGUUCAAAGGACCACUUUGCCGUUGUGAAAUAUUUUAAUAAAAUUAAUUGAAUAAUAUUUAAUUAUUAUGAGUUAACUUAAUAAAUAUAAUAAUUAAUUAAAUCAUUUAGAGAAUAUUCUUUUGACACAAAUUAAAAAAAAAUGCUAUUUACUAUUAUUAUUUAAAUUAUUUGUAUUAAAUAAAAUAUUAACGGCAUUAGAUUUAGAAACUAAUACUAAUUUUAAUAAAUAUAAGUAGACCAAACUGUUUGUAAUAAUUAAAUAUUAGAGAAUUGCACAAUACGCAUAAAUACAAUAAGCAUUGUAUGAUAUAAAUACAGAAAUUGAAAUUUAGGAUUAAAAUAAAUUUAAUAAAACUUUAUUUUUAAGUGAAAUACCUAAAAAUAAUGUAUUUUUUAAGCAUUACUUUCAAUUCAGAUGGCUUGCUUUACAACAUAUUAAUAUAUCUAAUUAAUUGUUAUUUUAAUGCAUUAAUAACAGAUUAAUCUGUGAAAAACAGAAAAAUUUCUAAAAUCUUCCGUUUUUCACAGAAGAUUAGAAUAUGGAGCACAAUCAAUACAAACUUGAAAUUCAAAUUAUGUGUUUAAACGAAAAUUGAAUUAGAAGUUUGGAAUGUUUUCUUAUGCGACAUAAUUAUAAUAUUAAAACUUAAAUACAGAAGAAAAAACCAAUUCUAGUUGUCGUCACAAUUUUCUAUGGCGUCUUUAACUUUAGCAUUACGAGAACGAGAAUCCGCAAAAUCACAAAAUCGUGUUACCAUCCCACUUCUGAUGUCGAAGUUCCUUAAUCUAAUAUUGGCCGAGUACAAAAAGGCAAAAGUAAAUAACAAAGAGACGGAUCGGGUAAUAAUAGGAUGAAAUAUUGUAUACUUGAUGCAACUAAAGUUGUUAAGAUCAAAGCGUAGGGGCUCGUAACAAUAAUAAAUACUUUUUAGAUCGUGUUCCAUCAUAUUUACAAAAGCUAUGAACACAUUUUUGUCUUUUUCGACUAAUAUUAUAAAAGUGAAAAUAAGUUUAUUAUCUGUUAGUUUGUUUGUUACCGCUUCACGCUCUGUAUACUCAACCAAUCUUCUUGAAAUUUUGCAUACAUUUAGUUUGAAGUGUGGAAAAGGUCAUAGAGACUUUUUGUCCCGGAAAAAACUAUAUAAACAUCACACAUUUUAAAUUUAUACGGUAUCCUCGGUGCGCGAGUCUUACUCGCUCUUAACUGUUUUUCAAAAAGAAAUUAAUAUUUUUAAAUUAAAGCCCACUGUGUUAUGUGGUUGCAAUUUGCGAUUAGCUGUUACGGGGUAUUCCGUUCAGCACACCGAUUCGAAUAGCACCGAUUGAAAUAGUACCCGUAUCGGUGCAACAAUAAUUUUCAGGUGCGAUUUGAGGAAUAAUUAAAAUACCUAUAUUCUAUCUAUGAGCAUAUUGGUGUCGGUGCCAUUAAAAUUGGUACGCUGAACGAUACGAUAUGAAUGGCAUAAAUGUGUUGCCACACCAAGCUAAAACUAAGUUUUGCUUUAUCAAUAAAUUAAAUUAAAUAUAUAUAUUUUUUUUCAAAUUAUAUUGGUUGCCACAAUCGUUUGGUAGUGUAUAUAGUGUGUAUAUAAGUAACCAGUUGUUAAAUUUGUAAGUAAAUAAAUUUUAA